AUGAUCAUUAUUUUUGUCAUAAUUUCAACAUUGUUGGCACUUUUCGGAUCGAUUUUAAUUAAUCAAGCCUACAACUCCCAACAUCAUCAAAGAAUAGUAAUAAAAGCAGUUGAAUCAUCCGACUCCGAUCAUUUAUCAGGACAGCUUUCAUGUCGGUCCAAAAGAAGUGUCAAUAAUGAAAUCUCCAGACAAUUGACAAUUGACAGCGAUGAAGACGAGUUUCGAGACCGCGAACAUGACUUUUUCAAAUCAAGUCCAUCAAAUUUGAUCAAAAGAGAUGCAAAAAUCACCGACGACGAUGAAAUUGAAAAACUUUUAAACGAAAAAUACCGAGAAAUUAAUAAAAAUGAAAAUCUAGUCCGUCCGCGUCGUGAAAAUCUGGAAAAUUCGAUAGAAAAAUUUGAAAAAACUCUUGAAAAUUCCGAAAAUUUCAUAACAAACCUCAAAAGUGACGAAAUUGAUGAAGAAACGUCAAAUUUAAUUCAAAAAAAUCUCCACGAUUUGAGUGCCGAAAUGAAGGCAAUUGACGACGACAUCAUUAGUCUCCUGGAAACAUCAAACCUCAUCGAUAAUUCAAUUCACAAACGCAUUCGACACAAACGCAAUGUUGGCAAUCUUCAUGAAAUUGACACAAUUAAUUUUGGACGUGCGCCGAUACUUGAAGAGAAAAAACGCGAAAAGCGACUUAUUCAGCAGAAACUUGAAGAAGUUCGCGAUGAAUUUAUUCGAUGUAAAAAGUCAAAUAGCAAUGAUUGUGAUGAGGUUUAUUCGAGAGUUAUGAAGAGAUUUAAGGAAAUUACGAGAAAGUUUAAGGAGAUUGAGGAUAUUAUGAAGGAUAUGGAUGUUAUUGAUAUUAAUAAGAAGCCAACUGUUGAGAGGUCUGAGAAGAGUGAUGAAAAUAAAUCUGACGAGAAAAAAGACAAAAAGAAGAAAAAGAAGCCAAAAAAGUCAUCUGAAGAGAAAAACUCAUCUGAAGAGAAGCCAAAAGCAUCAAAAGAGCAAGGAACAGAUGACAUUAAGACAACAACAGAGGAGAUUGAGGAAGAUGAAACUACUACGGCUGAAAAUACAACAAAAAAGGAAGACGAUGAAGUUGGAGGUCAAAAUGAGGAUGAGGAGGACGAGGAUGAGGAAUUGACUGAAAGCAGAAGUGAUGCUGAAUCUAAUCAAAAUUUGGGAUGCGAUAGUGAUGAAGAAUUACCAUUGAUUGGUGAGCAAUUGUCUUUAGAAGAUGGCGAAAUUUUAGAACAACCAAAAAAGAAGAAGAAAACAAAAGCAAUUGUCAAAGAUCAUGACAAAAAGUUGCAUAAAGACAAGCAUCAGUCAACGAAGAUCAUAAAGAAGGAUCACAAAGACAACCAUAAACAAGUUCACAUCAAAAAGGAUAGCAAAAAGACAAAGAUUAUGCAUAAAUCAGCUGAAGGAAGUGAAGUUGGAAUAGUGAAUGAAAGAAAAGAUGAAAUCUCAUCAAAACUGAAUAAUCCAACAAUCAGUAAAUUCCCAGUCUCAGAUAAUGAGCCAAUAACAGCAUGUCCAGCUCCAGCAUUUGACAGUUCGGUCAAUAAACCUCCAAAGUUUGUCGACGAACUGCAAGAUGAGAGAUAUUUAUCAACAAAACUUUACGAUCAUGAGCCAAGCUUUGACAAAAGAAUUGAAGGUAAAAUUACAGGAAAUGAAAUUUUGGACGGAGUUGCUCACUUACUGCAUGACAUAAUUGACGAUGGAAUGCAGACAAUAGCUUCAAAUACAAGAUCAGAAGCAGAAAAUCGACAAGCUCAACAAAAUUUCGCUCCAAUGCAAUUUUCAGGCUUUGCAAAUGCUCCAGUCGUAUAUCCAACAACUGGUGAGACAAUGAAGGCAACUUCAAAAGUUUUCAUGAAUCCAGGCUACAGCCUCAUGCCAUAUCCAGUUUGCUUCGUUAAUUAUCAUCAACAAUAUCGUCAAGUUCAGCCAUACGCUUAUCCACAAAUGAUGCCAAUGCCAAUGCAAAUGCCAAUGAUGCAUACACAGCCUGGAGGUGUGUUCAUGCCAACUGGUGGACAAUUCAUGGGACCACGACCAGUUCCUGUACAACCGAUGAUGCAAAACUUUCAAGGAUAUCCAAAUUAUCGUGAAGCAAUUGGGCAACCGACGUUUUGUGCUUUUAUGCCAACUGAGAGCGCACAAUUGCCUGCUUAUUAUGAGCAAACGACAACAGCCGCACCACCAAGUGGAAAGCCGAGUGGAACUUGGAAUAGGAAAACAGGAGAUGAUGAUGGAAGGGAUGAGAGAAAUCGUAUGUUGAACAAUCUUAAUCCACACAACAUCCCAUCACAAUACGACAUCAUCUAUGCCACAUACCCAAGUCAAAUAUUCAACAUGAAUCAAUCAUCGCAUCACAAUUGUGAACCAGGCAAGCUUCCAUGCUUUAGCACAAAUCAAUGCAUCUCUAAAUCAAAAUGGUGUGACUCAAAAGUCGAUUGUGUUGAUGCGAGUGAUGAGACUGCUUGUUCCUGUAAGGCACGACUUCACGAGAGUCGAAUUUGUGAUGGAUUUAUUGACUGCCCAAUGGGAACUGAUGAGCUCGGCUGUUUUGGAUGUGACAAAUUUCAAUAUUCAUGCUAUGAAAAUCGUAAAGAUUAUGAAGACAAUCCAUCAAAGAUGAUGUGCUACUCGUCACUUGAGAAAUGCGAUGGAUUCAAUAACUGCUAUAAUGGAAAGGAUGAAACUGAAUGUUCAAUGAUUGUACAGCAAAUUGGAGCUGUAAAUUCAUACUUUACAUCACAUUCUGAAGGAAUUUUACAUCGGAAUUAUAAAGGACGUUGGUAUCCAGUCUGUAAGAAUCCAAUGAAAUGGGCAAUUGAGGCAUGCGAAAGUGAAGUUGGAAAAGUAAAUUAUGAGCCAAUGUUAAGUAUCAAAAAUGGACAAAUUUCUGGACCUUUCAUCCAUUCAACUGAAAGUGGCAUUGAAGCACCAACAUUUAGUGAUGUCUGCAGGAUGAGAAAAGCACUGAUGAAUAAUGAUGAAAAUAGUGUCUUUUAUGUCAAAUGCGGACAGCCAAAAUGUGGAGUUUCCAAAAUCGAUGCUGAAAAAUUCACAAGAAAUAAAAGAGAAGCUGACGAAUUGGUUCAAGCUGCUAGAAUUGUCGGUGGAUCAUCAGCACUUCCUGGAGAAUUUCCAUUUAUUGUUGCUAUUUUUAAAGAUGGCAGGUUCCAUUGUGGUGGAAGUAUUUACAAUGAAAAAUGGAUUUUGACCGCUGCUCACUGCACUCGAGCAUUCGAAUCUCACCAUUAUGAAGUCAGAGCUGGUCUCCUUCGUCGUUCAAGCUACUCUCCAAUGAUUCAAAUCACAUAUGUUACUCAUAUCAUACCACAUGAACAGUACGACCGGUCAACACUGAGGCAUGACAUAGCAUUGAUGCGUGUUAAGGAUCAAUUUAAUUUUAACAAAUGGGUUAGACCGAUUUGUAUGCCAACUGUGGAUAGAACUGGAACUAAAGAAUGGAUUUAUGGACCAAAAGCAGGAAGCAUUUGUACGACAUUAGGAUGGGGUGCAUUAAGGGAGAAGGGACCAGAUCCUGACGAGCUUCAAGUCGUUGAUGUUCCAAUUCUCUCAAAAUGCAAGUAUCAAAAUGAUGAGGAAAGUGGUUGUGUCUGUGCUGGUGAGAAGGAUGGGGAGAAAGAUGCAUGUCAAGGUGAUUCUGGAGGUCCACUAGUCUGCCGAGGCUUUGCAAAUCCAUCAGAAUGGUAUUUACUAGGAAUUGUAUCGCAUGGUGAAGGAUGUGCUCGUGCUAAUGAACCAGGCGUCUAUACUAGAACCUCUUUAUACCUUAAUUGGAUUGAAGAAACCACAAAUGCACUCAAACAACUUCCAUUUAACACUCCAAGAGAAAACUGUCCAGGCAUGAACUGCGUUUGGGGCAUUCCUAAAUGCAUCCCUAAAGCAUCAAAGUGUAAUGGAGCUGUGGACUGUCUUGGUGGUGAAGAUGAAGUCAAUUGUCCACUUAAUUGGAUGGAUUUGAUGCUUGUUGGAAGUAAGAAUGAUAAAAAUGAGACAACGAGUGGCAUUGAUCCUAAUAAGAUUGUUAAUGACGUUGAGAGUAAGAAAGUGUCGAAGAAGGAGCUGAAAAGUGAAGUUUUUAGGUGCUCAAGAAUCCCACAAACAAUCAACAUUGACCUCCGAUGUGAUAGAACUUUUGACUGUGAAGAUGGAACAGAUGAGCUUAAUUGUAAAUGCAAGGAUCACUUGAAAGGACCGUUCGCUAAAUUGAUAUGUGAUGGACAUGUGGACUGUGCUGAUUCAAGUGAUGAAGUUGACUGUUUUGCCCUUACCGACGGUCACUCAAUCAGCUUAGACAUCAACAACAAGCCAUACCUGCACUCAAAAGGAAUCGUUACUCGAAAUAUGAAUUCAAGUUGGAAGCUCAUGUGCGAUGACAAUGGAGAUUUUGUAAAGAAUUCAGUUUCCAUAGGAACAGACAUUUGCAAUAUAAUUGGAUUUAAGUCACUUAAAAGUGCUCGAGUUGUUGCCAUGAGAAAUAAUGACUUAUAUAUGGACAUAGACAUAAGACGACGAGAAAGUCACCCAAGUGCAAAGUCAAUGAUCAAAAGUUCGGUUAGAGUUGGUUCCAAUGAUGUUGAUGAAUGUUUGGCUUUGGAAGUUGAAUGCUCGCCUUUUAAGAAGUCCAGUUUUGCAGAUAAAAAUUCAACAAUUUCAAAUGUUGAUCAAAAGCUAGUUCCUGUCUCUGGAAAUUCAACCUUCUUAAAACCUCAAAAUGUUCACAUUUGGAGUCACCUAAAUGACUUCUACUCGCCAUGGACUGUCGAAAUCUACUCAAAUGGAGAUCUUGCUGGCGUUGGAAUUUUAGUUGAUAAAUCUUGGGUUUUGGCUGAAAAGUCAAUUUUAGGCAAUGACGAAAAUCCACUAAAACUCAAUUACGUGUCAGCACUUGUUGGAAAUGCCAAGUCUUUCCUCAAAAUUCAAAGUCCAUACGAACAAACAUCAAAAGUUGAUUGCCUUCAUCAUGUUAAUGAUUCAAAUGCGAUGCUUCUUCAUCUUGACAAGCAUUUCCAUUUUAAUAGGCAUGUGCUGCCUCUGUUCCUUCCUAUUCAGAAUGAAAUUGAAGAGGAUGAUGAUAAAUGUAUGGCUAUUGCUGUUGCUGGAUUUAAGAAGAGUCUGAAAAGUUUAUCCUUGAAGAUUAAAAGGAACUGCCAAGGUAUAGCAGGAAAAGACUGUUAUAAGGUUCAUAAGGAUAAUGAGAAGAAGAUUAAGGAGUAUUGCAGUGAUAGUGAAACAUCUCAUAAGAUUGCAACAAUUGUCUGCAGAACUAACACCAGCGAUUGGUAUCCAAAAGCAUUCCAUAAAAUGAAGAAAGGAUUUUGCGAUUUCGUAGAUCCAGUUUGUGUCUUUGAUCUGAAAAGUGGGCAUAUUUACUCUGACAUUGCUGAAUAUGAAGACAGCCCAACAUGCAAAGUUUGCAAAUACAAAUCAUCUGAUUUUCCCUGUCCAACUCAUCGAUGUCCUUUCGGUAAAUGUCUGCAUGAAUCACAAGUCUGUAACAAAAUCCAAGAUUGUCAUGACGGAAGUGAUGAAACUCCACAAGCAUGUGAUAAAAUCAAGAGGAAAAACUCGCUGUGUUCACCAAUAAAAAGCAUCAAAUGCAGGAACGGAAGAUGUGUCGACAAAUCUAAAUUCUGUGAUCAUAUCGACGACUGUGGAGAUAGAACUGACGAGCCUAGUGAAUGUACAUGCUAUGAGUAUUUACUUGCUACAAAUCCAAGAAAGAUAUGUGACGGAAUCGUUCAUUGUUGGGAUAGAAGUGAUGAGGAUGUCAACUUUUGUCAGUCUAAAUGCAAUCAAGGAGGUCGUAAGAAAUUUAUGUGCAAAGGAUCACCGCAUUGCGUGCCAUAUGAGGUUGUGUGUGAUAAGAAAAUAGAUUGUCCAAAUGGAGAAGACGAGAAGCAUUGCUGGGGAUUUUAUGGAUCACUUGGAAGUGACUUUUAUGAAGUUUACCAACAAACAAUGGGACUCUGGCACACAAAAUGCUUCCCAAAAUCAUCACCACCAACACAAUCUGAAAUCGAGGACAUCUGCAAGCAAUUAAAUCCGAAAUCUAGAAACUUCCAGCCUCAAGCUAGACUCAUAACCUCAACAAACACAACACUGAGAGAACGAGAAGAAGUCAAAAAUUUACAAGUUGAAUUUCAGGAUGCUGAAAAUGCAACAAAAGUUGUCUUGUUCUCGAAGUUUUCACCAACAAAAAUAAGCGAGGCAUUUACAGCACAUUUGAAGACUGACAAGCCGCUGGCAAAGGUCGUUUCGUGGAGUAAGGAAGAUCAUCAAAAUUGUUAUAGACUUGAGAUUAAAUGUGAUUGA